UUUGUAUUUUCUUUCCGCAAUAUCGUUCUAUUUUAUUUUUGCAUUUGAACUUUUCUUCUUUUGUAUUUUUCUUCUUUUAUUUUUAAGCAAUUCAAUCGUCUCUUGUGAAUUUAUUCUGGCCAUCUCUACUUUGUGCAGCCCAAAAAAAACACAGACUAUUCACACACUCACAUGGCCGAAAGAACGCGGCGCCGUGGAAGAGAGGCAUCAUCGCCGCCACCCAGCGGAUACUCGAGCGACAUUGGAAUCACUAUUGUAAAUUUUCGUGACCGCUCACCGUCGCACAGACAGGUGUUCGAGGUUGAAGACCCCGAGAAUUACGAUACAAACAAAAGCACGCAAGGCGGCAACCUGGUAGACAAGUGGAGGCGCCUCUACGGCAACAAGGACUUUGGAAACAUUGUUCUCCUUAUAGCCCUUUACUGGCUCCAGGGAGUCCCGCUUGGACUGGCCCACGGCAGCAUUCCGUUUUUGCUCAAAGAAAAGCUAAGCUACGCGCAAGUCGGGCUGUUUUCGCUGGCCGGAUACCCGUACUCGCUCAAGUUAUUUUGGUCCCCCAUUGUCGACUCACUGUACGACCGCAAGUUUGGCCGGCGAAAGUCAUGGAUCGUGCCUAUCCAGCUUGUGCUUGCUGUGAUGUUCUGGUGGAUGGGCUCUCACAUAGACGGACUCAUGAGCAACCCUGCAGACAACAUAUAUGAGAUCAUGUACCUGUUCUUAAUCAUUGUAUUUUUGAGCGCGACCCAAGAUAUUGCCGUCGACGGGUGGGCGCUGAACCUCCUGUCUAAGGAGAACUUGUCUUACGCAUCAACAUGUCAGACAGUUGGAAUCAACUGCGGCUUCUUUCUCUCGUUCACCGUGUUUCUCGCGCUAAACUCUUCCGAGUUUAGCAACAAAUACAUCUACUCUUCGCCGCGCGAAGACGGAUUUUUGCAGCUUGGAUCCUACAUGGCGUUGUGGUCGGUCAUUUACGUCCUAGUUACAUUGUAUCUGGUGCUAUUCAAGGUUGAGCGCUCUUCGGCUGAAAAUGACGGAGACCAGGAGGAAGAGUACGGUCUUGUCGAGACGUACAGGACCAUCUGGCGCAUCUGCAAAUUGCCGCACAUGAAGCUGUUUAUCGCCGUUCUGUUUUUUGCCAAGAUCGGCUUCAUUCCCAAUGACGCCAUAACAAAGCUUAAGCUCAUCGAGCACGGCUUGCACAAGGAAGACAUGGCGCUGGCGGUCCUUAUUGAUUUCCCAGUCCAGAUUUUCUUUGGGUACUACGCUGCACGCUGGAGCCAGGGCGACAGCAAGAUGAAGCCAUGGAGGGUGGCAUUUAUCUUGCGGCUGCUCUGCAGCGUACUCAGCAUGGCCACCGUGCACUACUUCCCACAGACCGGCUUGACCAACUGGUACUUUUGCAUUGUCAUCAUAACCAAGGUGGCGGGAUCGAUGGCCGGUACUGUGCAGUUUGUCGGCCUGUCAGCAUUUAUCACCCAGAUCGCUGACCCGGUCAUUGGUGGUACCUACAUGACCCUGCUAAACACGCUGAGCAACUUUGGCGGAACCUGGCCGGUCUUCUUCAUUAUGCGCUCUGUCGACUACUUUACACGUGCCACGUGCAUUCCCCCGGAGGGCUCGAUCAACGAGCUGUACUCGUGCGCUGCGCAGGAGGACCGCAACCGAUGCACCAAGGAGGGCAGUGUGUGCGAUGUGAAGUGGGACGGUUACUACGUCAUGUCUACUGUGUGCGUGUUGUUUGCCUUAGUCGUGUACUACAGCUUCAUUCGCCCAACGGUGAUGAAGCUAGAGCGCAUACCAGCACAUGUCUGGCGCGUUUCCAAGGACGCGCGCAAUUGACUGCGCGAUACGAUGAUGUAUAUUGUUUGUUUAAAAGUGCUUAUAGACAAUUGG